AUGUCGAAACUCUUCAUCGGAGGCCUGAGUUGGGAGACAACAAUCGAGAAAAUGACCGAACAUUUCAGCCGUUAUGGAGAAGUGACUGAUUGUGUGGUUAUGAAGAACGCAGACACCGGGCGCUCACGUGGUUUCGGUUUUGUCACAUUCAAAGACCCCUCUUCUGUACAGAUAGUGAUAGCCAGCGGUCCGCACAUUCUCGACGGCCGGACGAUUGACCCGAAAGAGUGUAACCCAAAGAGCGCACAAAAAGGCAAACGGGACGCAAAAGUGGGGAACUUUCCCAAAGUAUUUCUCGGAGGACUUCCACCGAAUGUGAAUGAAUCGACUCUCAGAGACUUCUUCUCCAAAUAUGGAAAAGUGGUCGAAGUGGUGAUAAUGUAUGAUCAGGAGAAAAAGAAAACUCGAGGCUUUGGAUUCUUGUCCUUUGAUAAUGAAGACACGAUAGACAAAGUUGUGCAAGAUCAUUUUGUCACCAUCAGUGGAAAGCAGUGUUUAAGACAUCGCAUGAGAGAGGGGUUUAAGGUUGAAAUCAAAAGAGCCGAACCCAGGGAUAAGGCGACUGGAAAACCGCUGACAAGUCUAAUGGCAGGCAAUCCGAUGCAACAGCCGGGCGGCGGUCACCCUAUGUCUGGUGGAAUGCCUCCCUGGAACCCCAUGUGGGGACACCAGUCGGGCCCCCCUAUGCAUGUACCCCCUCCUCCCGGCCAACCGCCUCCCCCUCAGAGCGGACCCCUUCCAGGAAUGCCUAAUGGGAUGAUACCGUCGGCAUAUCCGCCCUCCGCAUGGAAUUCAAGCCAACAAACGGGCGCUUACAGCGCAGGCAAUGGUUGGACUCAACCCCCGAACUAUCAAAACUAUCAGCAGUGGACUGGAUAUGGAUACCNCAAUGUUGUGUGA